UGGAACUGGGGGGGAAAAAUGGCUUCAACUCCUGAGCAAGUAGUGUGUACCCCAACCUUUGUCUUUCCCACAGCUUUUCCAGGUUUUGAUCCACGUUUGACAAAUUUUCAUACUGUGGGUCCAGCUCCUACACCAAGUCAAAUUCAGUUUGCAGAAGAAUCAGGGAAACAUAAAAACUUAAGGGUUUCGGGAAUAAAAGUUGAGGCACCAGCUCUUACUCCAGAAUUAGCAGCAUGUCGGAACUUGCUUGUUGCUGCUGCAUCUGGUUCUGCAGCUUUUCCUGGAAUUGAUCCUAAUAAAUUACCUCCUCCACCUCCUCCUCCUCCUAAUCAAGAAAAACAGAACGAAGAAAAAGAAAAACUUUGGCCAUGCCCAUCUUGCAAGGUGCCAUUUAAAGCAGCAUCAGAGUUGCAGGUACAUCUGUCAGCACACACGAAAACUGAGAAAACAGUACCAUGUGAUAUGUGUGGUAAACUCUUUGCAACUAAUGAGAGAGUGAGAAUACAUGUUCGAUCUGCACAUGGUGAAAAAUCUUGUGCAUGUGAUAUUUGUGGUAGUGGUUUUAGUUACAGGUGUAAAUUAUUAGAUCACAUGAGGACUCACACAGGAGAUAAGCCAUUCCACUGUGAAGUAUGUGGGCGAAGUUUCUCGCAGAAGAAUCAUCUUACUCGACAUUCCAUGAUUCACACUGGAGAGAGACCUUACCCUUGUGAUUUUUGUGGACGUGGAUUUUAUCGAAAAGAUAAACUUACUCGUCAUAGAAGGAUACACACAGGGGAAAAGCCUUAUGCAUGCCUAGCAUGUGGUAAAGCUUUUUAUAGGCGAGAUAAAUUGACACGGCAUAUUAAAAUGCAUAGUGGUGAAAAACCAUAUGCCUGCCCAGUUUGUGGAAAGCGUUUUGUUGAAGAUAGAGAUCUUAAGAGGCAUAAGUGCUCUUCUCGACACACACAGAAUGCUAAUAAUGCUGCUAAAAUUCAAGCUGCACAAACUAGUACAGGUUUACUUCAACUUCAGCAGUUACAUUACCAACUACAACAGCAUCAUCUUCAAGCCCACUCUGGCCCACCUCAUCCUCAAGCACAUUCCGGACCUCAACAUCAGCAAGCACACACUCAAACCACACACCAGCAAGCCCAUACUCAGACUACACAUCAACAGGCCCAUACCCAAACUACUCAUCAACAAGCUCAUACCCAAACUAGCCACCAGGGUCAUUCACAGCCUCAGCACCAGCAAGCUCAUACACAGACACAUACUCAGCAAGGACAUGCUCAGCAGCCUCCUGAGCAUCAAAAUCAGAAUCAACAACAAGGUCCUCAACAGUCACAUGUGCAACAACAGCAGCAACAAGCUCCACCUCAACAUGUGCAACAACCGCCACCACCGCCACAUACUCAGCAGCAACAACCUCCACCUCACAUGCAGCCUCAGCAACAACAGCAACCUGGAGGUCCACCUCAGCCACCGCCUCAAUCUCAAAACUCGCAGCCCCCUACUCCUCAGUCGCAACAACCACAACAUCCUAAUCAAAUGCAACAAAACCAACAACCUUCUCAACAGCAGCAACAACAGCAGCAGCAGCAACAACAAUCAUCUCAACAGCAACACCAGUCGCAGGGAAUUCCACCUCAUCAUCAGCCACCUCAGCAACAGCAGGCUCCUCCUCCUCCUCACCAGCAACAAAAUCAGCAUCCACAACACCCUCCUCCAAGCCAUCAUCAACAAAUGCAACAUCAAAACAGACACCUACCUCACCAACAGUCUCCUUCCCCUCCGCAGAUUGCUCACCAAUCUCCCCACCCUUCACAGCAGCAGCAGCAACAUCCACAAGGACCACCUCAGCAUCAGCCCCAGCACCAUGGACCACCACCUCCUUCUAUAGUGCAGCCUCACCCUUUUCAAGCUUUAAACUUGCAAACCUGACUGGCGGGGUGCACCAUAUGGGGUGCACUGAACAGAAUAUCUACCUUUAAUGGCCAGCACUGAAAGUUUGAUGACUGCUGUCUAUCAACUUCUUUUGAAAAAAAAAUCAGGCUCUUGCAUGAUUCAUGCUUAAAUCAUUCUGCAGUUUCAGCUGAUAGACGGAUACAUCAUUCCUUUAACUUUGAUGUUUGUAAGUUGAAACUGCCUAUUGAGAUUAUUUUGCAAUGUUGAAAUGUUAAAUCUUCGAAAAGUUGUACAUUUUAUUAUGCCAGUGAAAGACUUUUCAGCUGAAAUAACAUUUUAGGAAUACUUAGCAGGAAAACUUAAUAAAUUGUGUACUUGUCAGUCGGAGUUUAUGAAACUGUUGUAGGCCAUAAAAGCAGUUUUCAAGGACAAGCAAACUCUAUGCAGCCUUUAAUGUUGCUCCAUGUGAUUUUUGCAUGUACUUUCAUUUAUAUGCAGCCCUUCCUGUACACUACUUAAAAAUGGUUUCUGUGUUUUCUUUAUAUAAUUGCUUUAGAGUACUUUUGCAUUUUUUAAGGUUUACAAGUUUAUAUAAUUUUGAAUUUUAAUUAUAUUUUAGUCAAUUAAAUCUUAAUCUCUUGUAAUUGAUUUUAAUAUUUGUCAAAAAAUUUAAUUACUUGAAAUGUACAUAUUUAUUUUGUAUGAAGCAAUUUAGGAUGCUGCAUAAUUUGACUUGAAAAAUAUGUGAUAUUACAUUCAAAAGUGCAUUUCUUUAUUGCUGAUGAACUGCCAAAAAUAGUAUUGAAGCUAUAACAAAAUGAAUUGCAUUUUAUUUAUGGUUUUUAAAAGUUGUGUUAUUUUAGUUAAAAGCUAAAUUUCAAUAUUUUCUCUGUUAAUGUAUUUAAUUCUGAAAGUAACCUAAAAUUUUAGACCAGAUUAGAAGUUAAAAUUUGUAACGAUGUUGCUUUAUGGUUGUUGAAUUAAGUAAUUUUAACAAUAACAAACAUUUUUUUAAAUAUCCAUAAUUAUAAAAGUGUUAUGUAGAUCAGUUUUCUGAGCAUAAGAUUCAUAUAUAAUUUGUUUCAAGUAUUAUGUGCACUGUAGUACUUUUAUAAUUUAAAUGUUUAAAAACUUGCUUCUUGAGCAGAGAUUCAUACUCAAGAAACAUAUGUAUUGUUACUAUCAAAGCUGCAGUCUCCUGAUGUAGCAUCUAUUUUGCAUCCACUCUGAAUAUUUUUAUAUUAUCUGAAAUAAAUUAUUUGCAGACAUGUGUGAGAAUAUCUCCACAAUGUAAUUACUUUUGCCUGUUUAAUUUAUUGUAAUGAAAUUUACAAUUAAUAUUCAAGCAGAGUUUUAGAAAUAGAAAAGUUUUAAUUGUAAGCUGUUGAGAAAUUUUUCCCACUCGUAUGUUUUCAAUGACAUGUAUUUCCAUCGCCUUAUUCAUCUGAGGAAAAUACAACUUGAUACUGAUGUGGAAGAAAACACUUUUAGUUAAUGCCUCUUUUUAAUUACAUAGCUCAAUAUAUUAAAAAAAUUUUCAAGUUUAUGGACAUUGAAGGAAUUCAUUAAAAUUGCUUAAUGAUUUUCCCCCUUUACUUUUAAGUAUUAGAUUACUGUACCACUAUAUGCAUAAGAGUUUUAAUAUUUGAUUUUUUGAAAUUAAUUGGGUAUGUAUUUAAAUGCGUAAUUUAUUUUAGCAAAAAUUUUUUUUUUUUUUUUUUUUUUUUUUUUUUUUUUACUAUGAUCUUUGAAACCUGUUUAUAGUUAUUUCUUUGAUAGCAAAGAAAGAUAAUUAUGGAUUACUUUUGAAUUAUUUAGAAUUAUUGAAAUUUAUGUAGAAUUUUGUUACUUGCAUAUUAUAUUUUAGAACUGGUGGUACCAAGAUAACUGUUGCCAAAUUUUUUACAAAUAAUUUUGGUUGCCAGCUUAUGGAGGAGGGAUUUUUUGUUCUCUAGUUUUGAUAAUGCUGGUCUCUUGUAGGUAAUUAAUUGUAACUGUGGCAUACAGUUUUUCUUGACAAAAUUUGACUGUUUUUAAAUCCUUGUAACUACAGUAAAUUAGUUUUGAAUGUGAUCUGGUGAGUUUCCUAUUCUCAUUGACUUUUUGUAUUUUUCAGUCUUGCAUUUCUACAGUAUAUUUUAUUUACUGAUGCAUGAUUUCCUUUUUGGUAGAAUAUUUUAGAAAAUCUUUAAAAUUUUGUCAAUAUUCUAUUAUCCUAGAAAAAGCUGAUAAAUUGAAUUUUAUUUUUUCUUAAAUCGAAGACACCCAUGAAGAAAGUAAAAAAGUUCUGAAUAAUUUGAAUGCAGAGAAGGUUGAGAACAUAAUUGCAACAAAAUGCAGCCAUUUAUGAGCAAGCUGUUACUUUUUAUGCUGACCAAAAUAUCCGGUAACGGAUAGUAUGCAAGUAUCAAAAUUUUUAUAUUUUAUCUAAAAUGUUCAGAUGUACAGACGGAAUUUUUUAUGUUUGAUGUUAUGGGAGCAAUACAGUUUUAGCUAUAAAUUUGGGUUGGUAGAUAAUAUUUUAUUUAAUAGUUAUGAGUAAUGCUUUCAUAUCCUUUGAUAAUCUUUAAUUUUUCUUAAAAUAGUUAAUGCUUUUUAGUGUGGUUUAUUUUGGAUUCUGCUUAGUGAUUUGAUAUUAAAUAUUGUAUUUAUAGUGUGCCAAUAUAUGCUGGUCAAAAUAAAGGAUGUUAAAAAGGUAAUCUAGUCAAAAGACUCGGUUGCCAAAGUCUUGAUUAUAUUUCUUCAUGCUCUUUUAUGAUAUAUUUUCCCUCUCAUUUUUAUCUAUGCAAAUAUUUAGUAAUUUUAUUUUGCUCUUUUUUCUAGUGUAAUUGGUAUGUAUAAGAAAAAGAAUUUUCUUGCUGUUUACAUAUAGUAAUUUUCAGAAGUAGAUAUCUUUUAACUUAUGACCUUUGUAAUACACAUAACAAAAUUUUAUAUUGAGAAGUUAUGUCCUAGAAAAAGUUUUAACUUACUUUUUUUAAAGAUAAAAAAUAUUUUUACUUUUUAUCCUAAAAAAUGUAUGUAAAUAAUUAAAAUCUGUUUUAUUUUGCAAUAUAAUUUCUGUUAUUUUGUGUGAUAACUAACGCUGUUUUAUGUGAUUUCUUUUAUAAUGUACAUAUAUUUUCUACCGUAACUUAAGAACAAAAAAAGGUAAAUUUUUGUGUCAGCUAGAAAUUCAAUUAAUGACUUCUAGAACUAUGAUGAGAUAAAGGCUGUACUAGUUCCUUUCUUAACAUUGUUCUUAUGAAGGGAGAGCUUAUUAGUAUUAAGGUGGAAGGAUAUUUCCCAGUUUAUAAUACGUCUGAAAAAUAAUGAAAUCAGAAAUGGGGCAUGAAAUAACAGCUUACCUUUCUAUGUAUACUACUUAUAUUUGCUUCAGGAAAGAGAAUAAUGACUUAUAUUCACUAAAUAAUUAAUGGUAUAUUACUUUUGAGAGUUAAAAAGCUUUGGUACUUUUUCUCUCCCUUUUCAUCAUACCUUGCCUAUUUUUCUGAAUUAAAAUUGAGAGAAUGAAAAAUUUCAUGACAUAUUUGUUUAGGAGAGUUGAAUAUAUAAGAAAGGUGAUAUAUUUUUCCUAAAUUAUUGCAUUUUUAAAAGUAACUAAUUAAUGUCAGCAUUUAUGUUUAUUUCCAAUUUUUAUGGUGUUAUGUUCGGAUGUCUCCAAAUUUACAAUGAUAAAAUAAAAAAAGGAAGAAGUGCCAUCCAAAUUAUGAAAUUCAAAACAUAUUUACAUGUUAAAUAAUUACAAGUAACAUGAUAAUUUUUGUUCCAAUUUAGAAGAUUGAUAGAUUGAAAAAUUUUUACUUUUAAGUUUUUUACUUUUUUUAACUAUUGAGACAAAAGCAGCCUGGAACUAGUUUGCAGUUAAAUUAUAUGUUUCAUUUGCUGUAAAAAGCAGAAAUAAAAAUAAAGAUUUAGAAUUUUCAUGUUUUAUCAUUUCUCAAUAUAUGUUCUAGGAUUCUUUUUUUAAAUGCUUUUUAUUUCAUACAAGCUUCUUAAAUUCUUUUUUUUUUGGCAAAUAUGAUUUUUGUUGACAUUUAUGAUUUUUUUAACUGCAUUGAAACAAACUGCAUAGUAUUAAAAGUAUAAUGUAGUUUAUUUAGUAUAUUUCUUUGAGGAUUCAUAUUAAAAUAUAGUCAGAUAUCAUAAUUCUGUUUUUUUAAUAAAUAAGAUGCUUUGUUUUAUGUAGAUUUUUGUGUACUUGUUUUGUGCAUACAUAAAAUCUCGCAAGUUCUCAAAAUAUUAAAGUGUGUAUAGUGUAUAUAUUGGUUUUGGUUAAUAAUUUUGCAUUGCAGAAAACUGUAAUUUACUUGUAUGUAUAAUUAAGAUGUGUGCCAUUUCUGCUUGUUUUAUGUCACAUUUAGCUAUUGGUACCAUUUAAAUGGUGAUGGGAAAAUUUGUUGCUUUUUAAUAAAUUUUUGAUUUAGUUAAUAUACUUAUAAUCUAUUGAGGUUCGCAAUGUUUAUUUUUUAUAUUGUAUCUAAGAAUUUUAAAUUCACAAGUUUUCUUUCUAAAAGAAAGAUAUAUAUAUAUAUAUAUAUGUAUAUUAAUCAAAGUAUAUCAUUUAUGUUAAAGAAAGCAUUGAAUUGUUCUAUGCAGGUUGCCUAAAUGGCUUGUUAUUGAGUUAUACAGAAAUGUAUAAUUUUAGUUAUGAUAUGACAUUGAAAAAUAAAGGUUAUAUAUGCAUUUCUGCUUUAUAUUUUAACCUUCACUGUGUAAAUAAUUAGUGAGAUUCUAGGUUAAUAAUUUCUUUUAAGAUUAUAAGGUCAUCAAAUUCAUAUUUAUGCAUUAAUUACACAUAACAGUGAAACCUCAGUUAUCUUUUCUUCUUAUAUUAUUCAAGAGUAUUUGGUUAAAAAAUAGAAAUUCAAUCUAGAAUUUAGACUGUUUUAAGUUUGUAAAUAAAAUAUUUAUUUCUUAAUAUUCCCCCCCCCCCCCACUGUGGUUUGGAAAUGUAUUCUGUAAAGACCUGUUAACCCUAAUGUAUCGAAAAUAUCUACCAUAGAGAGAGAAUUUAUACUGUAGCAACUAGUGUUUAUUGAAUGGGAAAAUAUAAUUUGUAAUCACUAUAUCAAUCUAAUAGUGUUGAUUAAUUUUUUUUCUUCUAUGUGAUUCCUAUUAUUAUAAAAUCAGUAACAUAUUCAGUGUUAUGAACAUCUAACAUAUGUUGACUAUUGCAAGUUAUCCUUCCUUUGCUAACGUUCAGAGAAUCCUUAAGGAAAGACAAUAUUUGAUUGGUAAAAAUUAUUGGUAGAUGAAGGAAAUGUGGUCAUCUUUACAUUUUACACAAAGGUAAAAGUAAAAAAUUUAAUAUUAAUUUAAUUAUUUAAAUAUAAUUAAGUUUUUGUUUUAUGCUGUGUUCACAUAAUGUAGCAUAUGAGUUCAAGUCAGUUUGAGUGGAUUUGCUGACAUUAAAUAAACCUCUUUGCAUUACUUAUCAUCCGCAACACUUAUUCUAAAAAGCAGAAUAAUAAGAUGAAUGAAAGCAAGUGGAAGAGUGUGGAACUAGGGGAGAGGAAAAUGAUGACACUGUUUAGAUUUCAGCUGAUCAGGCACUCAACCUGUCCAUGAAAGUUCUGAUAGAAGUAAAUAUGCUAAUAUACUGUUCAGUGCAUGAAUUUAAUCUUCAGUAUUUAAUAUUUUUCUCAGAUUUAGUGUUUUAGGUUUAUUAUAUUAAAAUUCAUGAAAGCUAUCUGAGGCAAGAGAUGUCUUUUUGAAGGACUUUCUAAGGAAAACUGUCUUGUGUUUAUGUUACACCUGGGGUAAACCAUGCAAAGUCCAAAAUUGGGAGUGGUUUUACCAUUUACAAGUGUGCUUUUUUCUCAAUAGGUGUUAAUGCUGAUUAUCAUUCUCACUGAAUGAUGAGCCACCCUUUUUAAUCCUGUAAUAAGCAAGUCUAAGCAUUGAGUGAUAUACAGAUUCUGACAUCUGCCUAAAAAAGAAUCUUAUUAUGUAGCAUGAUUGUCUUAAUGUUUUGUGCUUUUGAUUAUCUUCUGAAGGUUUGUUUUAUGCUUUCCAAAAGGAGAGGGGAGGGGGAGUAUUUUCUGUUAUAUUGCAUUUAAUUUUAAAGCAUAUUAUCUUACAAAAAUUUUAUGUUUAUUUGGAUGACCUUCAAUAUUUUAGAUUAAUGCUGUGAUAGAAAUCUAACAAAUUUAAAAUUGUCCUUAGAUAAGAUGCUAUCAGAUUGCAAAACAAACUCUUUCAACAUUGUAUUGAGCACAAUAUUUUCAUGGAAUGUUUUGUUUCCAAGCAUUUUGCAUAUUAGGUUAUACUAUUAAAUUGUGAUCCUUCCUUCUAGUUGGUUGACAUACGUGAAACAGUAUUGAACACAAUUUUUUCUUGAUGUCAUAAAAAAGUUUUAGGUAAAAAAAAAAAAAA